AGAUAUACAGUUACAGCGACACAAAUACAAACCAACUACAAUAAUUAAUUAGCGAGAGGCGAAAGUUAAAAAAUUUUGAAUUCAGAAUAUAAAAAAGAUAGGAACUAUGAAGAUUUAGCUUAAUGUAUUUUAUUCCGAUGCCGUAAAAUCAAAAUGCAAAAAAGCAAAUAUGGCAAAUAUUGUCUGCAAGCCAUUGACUAAUGGUGCAAGCCAUUGACUUACAAUUAUAGUGCAAGCCGAUCAUCAUUCAUAAAUUCAUGAAGAUUAAAAACGAGUGCAUUUAUGAAGUUUGUGAGGUCAGAUUUGGUUUGUAUCAAAAUCAAUAAUGCUCGAUCUUUGGAAUGACUCUUCUAUAUUACCGCCUCCAAUAAACACGUCACCCCGUGACGGUAAAGUUGAUGUAAAGCAACUAAAUUAUACCAGCAAGAGUAUUAUAAAGGUUUUAUCAAAACAAUCACCGCUUCAUAGAGAAGCGGCUAUACUCUCCAGGUUUCUCUACAAAUUUGACAAAAAAUUUCGCAACGACAUCGGCUAUAGAAACCUGAAGAAAGUAAAUACUGCACUGAGGAGAUACUUAGUUCUAAACUUUUUGAAAGAUGUUGAAACUUUUGCUUCAGUCUUGCCCAAAGAUGUGGAAGAAAUUUACUUACCUACGAGACAGAUGUUGGAGUAUAUUCUGUUAAGAUUGAUUACAUUUACAAAGAUAAUGCUUAGAGUGAGUAUAUGUUCCAAACAAGCAGCUAUUUUCUACUUGAACAGAGUCAAACGAGGAGAAAAUCAUUGGAUGUCUUUAAUGCCCUAUGCUCUGGUCAGCAGGAUAUGGUCAAUGAGUGUUGUUCUAGUACAACAUUCUUGUAAUUGGUAUUCAAAUCUGUUCCCUUUCCGUAACCAACUAAAAUUCAAAGGUUUGCCCUUUUUGCCUGAAAGUUACAACCUCCCUACAGAUUUAGAAAAAUGGCUUGAUUUAAAAAAUAUGGAAAACUUUGGUAGGUUUGAAUGGUCUCAGCAGAAAACGAUAAACUUUGAGUCUUUGAUCAUAGAAGAUAAUAAUGGAGAUACAGUUGAGAAUAUUAUGAAAUAUGUAGAAUAUGUUAAUAAGGAUGAUAGCCUUGAAGAAAAGUUUGAGCAAGAAAACACAGUAAAACUUAAUGACAGUGAAUCUUUUAAAGUUCCAACAGAUAAAACCGUGGACCAUGGUGAGGUGAUAUCAAGAGAUGCCUUCAAAAAGUUGUUUAAACCAACUGUUGCAGUAGUUGAAAUCCACCAUUAUGCUGAGAGAGUAACCAACAAAGAUACUCUUCAACAGUUUAUUAAUACAGAAGAGAAACUGAGAAAUGAAGAGAAUGGCCUAUCACUGACAAGCCAUCUCAGUUUUAUGCAAUGGCAAGCGCUAAAAACUCCCCUAGUCUCAUUACUAGGGUCCUUGUCUAAUAACAGGAAAAUAGAAAAGAAAUUCCUAAAGGUUUGGAAAGAAAAAUGCUUAGAUUAUAAAUAAAAUGACCAAAUAUUGUUAAACUUUUAUAUUUUUUUUUACAAAUAAAUAUUAUGUACAUAAGUAUAAGUACAGCACCAUUUCCAUAGAUAAUCAUUAUGAAACAAAAUGCAGUUUUUCAAUAAAAGCAAAUCAUCAGGUACUUGCAAAUAAUCAACAAAUUACUGUACAAAAGUUUUAUAAUUAUGCUGCCACAUAAAGGGAUAAUUAUAAUGCUUAUCUCUUAUACCCAUUUAUUAGUUGGCCAGACAUAAAUACAUAUGUAUGUAAAUUAACUAUUAUCUUAGUAAAAAAUUUACUGCGUUGAUUCUCGCAAUUUUUGAACAAAAUUAACACAUUCACCAUCCCCAUAAUUUUUUUUAAAUACCCUACAUCCAGCAGUGCUUAAAUAUUUUUUGGGUCUGCGUUAUAUAUCUUAUUUAAGUGGCUCUAGCUUGGAUAAAUGGAACAAAAAUAAUUUAACAAUUUUAUCCCGACACAAUUGGAGAGAAUGAUGAUAUUCAAUCAGUGCAAGAGAAAAUUGUCAAGGCUGUUAUCACGUUACCUCAUACAUCACACCUCGACUACAUA